AUGGCCGAUAUCAUCUACACCAAGGUCGACGAAGCGCCCGAACUGGCAAGCGCCUCGUUCCUGCCCAUCAUCCGCACCUUCACCAAGGCGGCCAGGCUCACCAUCGGCACCCGGGACAUUUCUCUCGCAGGCCGCAUCCUGGCGAAUUUCCCCGAGUAUCUGACCGACACUCAGAAACAGUCCGAUGCUCUUGCGGAACUUGGCCAGAUGGUGAAGCAGCCGGACGCCAACGUCAUCAAGCUGCCGAACAUCUCCGCUUCCCAGCCUCAGCUGAAUGCAGCGAUCGCCGAACUCCAGUCGCAAGGCUAUAAGCUGCCCGAUUAUCCGUCUGACCCGGCGAACGAGGAAGAAAAGACGAUCAAGUCGAAAUACGACGCCAUCAAGGGCUCCGCAGUGAACCCGGUUCUGCGCGAAGGCAAUUCCGACCGCCGCGCACCCAAGGCGGUCAAGGAAUAUGCCAAGAAGAACCCCCACCGCAUGGGGGCAUGGGCGACAUCUUCAAAAACACAUGUCGCCACGAUGGGUGAAAAUGACUUCCGCUCGAACGAAAAGUCGGUCACGGUCCCGGCCGUUUCCACCGGUGCCGCCAAGAUCGAGUUCGACGCAAAAGGUGGCGACCUGACGGUACUGAAAACAGACUGGCCGCUGGAAGAAGGCGACGUCAUCGACGCGACCUACAUGAGCGUCAAGGCGCUGAAAGCGUUUCUUGAAAAGGAAAUCCAGGACGCCCGGGACCAGGGUGUCCUGUUCUCGCUGCACCUCAAGGCCACCAUGAUGAAGGUCUCCGACCCGAUCCUCUUCGGCCAUUGCGUCAAGGCCUUCCUGAAGGACGUCUUUGAAAAACACGCCGCCACCUUUGCCGAACUCGGUGUCAACCCGGAUCUCGGUGUCGGCGACCUGGAAGCCAAGGUCGCGACGCUGCCGGCGGACAAGCGCGCCGAGGUUGAAGCCGAUAUCAAGGCAGCACUCGACAACGGCCCGGACCUCUACAUGGUGAACUCCGACAAGGGCAUCACCAACCUGCAUGUGUCUUCUGACGUCAUCAUCGACGCUUCCAUGCCGGCGCUGAUCCGCGCCGGUGGCAAGGGCUGGGGCCCGGACGGCAAGGAACAAGACGCCAAAUGCGUCAUUCCAGAUUCCUCCUACGCCGGCGUCUAUUCCGCCGUCAUCGAUUUCUGCCGUGAAAACGGUGCGCUGGAUCCAUCCAAGAUGGGGACAGUGCCGAAUGUCGGCCUGAUGGCCCAGAAGGCCGAGGAAUACGGUUCCCACCCGCAGACCUUCAAGGCGCCUGCCGACGGGACCAUCCGCAUUGUUGAUGAAGCCGGCAACACGCUGAUUUCACACGAAGUCGAGGAAGGUGAUGUCUGGCGCGCGUGCCGCACAAAGGAUGCGCCGAUCCGUGACUGGGUCAAGCUCGGCGUCUCCCGCUCGCGUCUUUCCGGCAUGCCGGGCAUCUUCUGGCUCAACGAGAACCGCGCCCAUGACGCGGAGCUGAUCAAGAAGGUCAACACCUACCUGCCGGAGCACGACACGUCCGGUCUGGACCUGAAAAUCAUGGCUCCGACGGAAGCGGCAAAAUACACCACCGAACGCAUUGCCCGCGGCGAGGACACGAUUGCAAUUACCGGCAACGUCCUGCGCGAUUACCUGACCGACCUUUAUCCGAUCCUGGAAGUCGGCACGUCGGCGAAGAUGCUGUCGAUCGUCCCGCUGAUGAACGGUGGCGGCCUGUUCGAGACCGGUGCCGGUGGCUCCGCUCCCAAGCACGUCCAGCAGCUUCAGGAGGAAAAUUACCUCCGCUGGGAUUCACUCGGUGAAUUCUGUGCCCUUGGCGCGUCGCUCGAACAUCUCGCCAAUGCCAAGGACAACGCCAAGGCACAGGUCCUGGCAGAUGCUCUCGAUACGGCGAUUGAAGGCCUGCUCGACAACGGCAAGUCGCCCGCGCGCCGCGUCGGCGGCCUCGACAACCGGGGCAGCCAUUUCUACAUCGCGCUCUAUUGGGCAAAGGCGCUUGCCGCCCAGGACAAGGACGCGGAGCUGAAGGCUCACUUCACACCGAUUGCCGAGGCGCUUUCCUCCAACGAAGACAAGAUCGUCGGCGAACUCAACAGCGUCCAGGGCUCUUCGGCAGACACCGGCGGCUACUACCACGCGCCGCAGGCGAAGGUCGACGCAGUGAUGCGCCCGAGCGCAACGCUGAACGGCAUUAUCGGCUAA